AUGUCCCUUCGUGGUAAGACGCGACAUCUUGCGUACAUUCUGCUUGGAUGCCUUGCCGACAGUGCUCGGAAGACCCUCCUCAUACUCUCUGUCCUCCCAGUGUUACCUCGCGAUUGGAGAACUCGGUGCGAGUGUCUUUGUUACUUGGAUCUGGUCUACCGGGAUGAGAUCGGUGCAGAUCCCUAUCUCCAAGAACUGUUCGCAAAGCAAAUUGCUCUGGUCUCUCGCAUUUGGACAUUGCCUGGGGAGGCCAUACCAUCCCACUUUCUCGUUCUCCUCCUGCGGCACAAUGAUGUUGAGCAUUGCGAAAAUAUCAUCGACACCAUCUUCCAGAAUCAUGCAUCUGUGCCGCCGCGACUCAUUCUGAUUAUGGUGGACCACUUUACGAAACUUGGCGACGCAGAUCGAGCAAUAGAACUCCUCUCACGCAUUCCACCAAGCCAGAGGGAAGAAUACAAGGUGGGGAUUCUUGACCGCUGUGCCAACCUCAUAACAAUUGACACGGUCGAAGAAUCUGACACUGUGGGUAAUUUCAGGACUCUUCCCAAGCUGAUUGAACUUGGCAUGCCAAUGGAUGCAAAGGCACAUAAUCUCAUCAUCGAGCGCGCAGUUUCAUUAAACGUACCGGACGUUGCGUGGGGGGUUUUCCGUUUUAUGGAAGCCAGAAAUAUCCACGUUGACGAACGAAGUCACCUUUUCUUGCUCAAGGAUAGUUUUGAGCGACAGAAUCGUGACAAGCUGGAUGAAGUCAUGUCUGCUAUCCACCAACGCGAAGAUCUUUAUCGGUAUCCCUACUUGGUAACAUAUAUGAUGCAUAUCGUGAGGGUUGUUUGUACAAUUGACCGCAAAUUACCCUCUGGGAUAUCGGUAUCACACCUUCUCGCGAUCUAUGAUCGAGCCUACGACAGGGCCCCCCUUGUCAAGCUUGGGAUCGUCAACCCUUUGCCGGCCGAGGAGUCUCUUUCCAAAAAACUUGAUCAACCUCCACCGGCGGUCCUCGGAUUUACAAUCUGGGCCUAUGUUCUCUGCCAACGAGACGAACGACUUGUCUCAGCGUUGUGGUACUGGAUCAUACACAUGAUCAAACAGGGGGACCAGAGUAUUCUCGAGUGCGCCAAACACGACAUCUUGUACAACGGUUUCAUCCACUUCUACGCGCGCAGCCGUUUCUUCCUGAGAAAAGCGGUGGACGUGGUUGAAGCAAUGAUUGAGCGUGAUCUGUGCCUACCGACCGAGCGAACGUGGAGCGAAGUACUUUGUGGCUUCUUGCAACACGGUGAAGAAGAGGCUGCAGAGAAAAUCUGGCGGAUGAUGCUGGCACGGGAUGUCCAACCCACCGAGAGGGGUUAUGCAUUUCUCUUAGGAAAGUACGACCAAAGCCAGCUUGCCAAGCUGGUCAGAUAUGUUUUGGACGAACGGCGGAUUCCAGACGGCCUUGAUGUGGCCCUCAAAUGGCAAGAUGAUGCGAAUGCAGCGGCAGCAAGAAAAGGGGACUCUCAGCAAUCAAUCGCGGGUAGCAGGCAAGAUAUUGAGGACGAUGGGAUAUUCGAAAGCUACGGAUUCAACGACGCCAUGGAAGACCACGCCCUUGGAGGCGCUAACAUGUACCAAUAG